AGCCUGAUAUCUAAAUUCUCAAUUACUGCUCUUCCUUGUUUUGCUCUUACUCGUUUCCUUAACCUACAAUGGCUAAAAGUGCGAAGUUUAGCUUGAAACUUCUCGUUGAUGAGAAGAAAAACAAAGUUGUGUUGGCUGAGGCUGGUCAAGAUUUUGUUGAUGUGCUCUUUGGUCUCUUGACACUCCCAAUGGGGACUAUUGCAAGAUUGCUGGAGAAUCAUCAGAAGUUACCACAAGUCCUAGGUUGUUACAAGAAUCUUAAUCGAAGUGUUUCAGAUAUGGUCAUUGAUGAUUUCGAGACCGAGGCUUGCAAGAGUAUGUUGGUUUCUCCAAAGAGUUCGAAGGAGAUCCAUUGCAGAAGACUCAAGCUGAACAUUGAUAAUACUCCGGCCACAACGUUCUAUGUAUGCUCUAAAUUGUAUGAGAGCGACUCAUGUAAGGUAUACAGCAAUUUCUACAACUCAAGAUGUAGCUGUGGAUCUUUGAUGAGCUAUUCGGUUCAGGUUCCAGAAGACGCGCAAGUUCUAGACUCGUUAGGGAAUGCUGUAGAUGGUGUGUUUGUUAGAUGUAGAUCCUCUUUCAUUGUCACAGAUGAUUUGAAAGUGAUGUUGAACUCUAUUGAUGAAAUAGUGAAGGUGGUCAAUGGCCUAGGAUAUCCAAAUUUAAACGAGCUGCAGGAAAUGCUCAUUGAUGUUGGCUCUGAAGAGGUGCUGUCUCUACUAGGGAAUUUAUUCACUUCAGAGUCUGCCUUGACAAGCACAUUCCUCAUGAAACAGUGCAUGACUAGGAUGCUUACAUUGCCGCCUCCACCAAUGUUCAAAACUGGACGAGUAGAACAGGGCAGUGGAUGCCAUAUGAAAGUGUUCGUUGGAAAGUUAGACAGGAAGAUUCUUUAUGCUGAGUGCAGUGAAGACUUCAUUGAUUCUCUUCUCACUUUUCUUGUUCUCCCUCUUGAGUCGGCGUCUUCGCUCUCCGAUGACAAUACCAUUUCUGGAUGUGUCAAAAUUUGUGCAGAUGUGGGUAUAGAAGACAGUUUACUUACAAUCUUGGUCUUCCAGGCUAUUAUACUUGCAUGUAACUCUCCUUGGCUUUGCAAAUUUGCCAGAAGGUUUGAAAGAUCUCUGCUUGGAAAAGGGGACAAAGUUGUUACUUUGAAUCCCAUUGAUCCAAAGAAUUCCAAGUCUCGCACUUCAAUGAUAGUUGAUAGUGGGUUUGUGAAGAGAAAUACCAAAUUCAUCGUCUCUGAUGACCUGCUUAUCACUCCAAUGAACAAAUUUUCAACCAUUGGCCUGUUAAAGAAGAUGCAGAUUAACAUGAACGACUUCGAGGCUCAAUCGAUUUGCAUUUACAAAGCAGAGCUCAUCAAUAUCUUAAGAGCUUCCUUGACUUCGCCCUCUGCUUUGACCAAUGGCCUCUCGUACUUUCUUGCAAAGGAGCCAAAGAAAGAAACUUGAGUUCAGUUAGAAACAGAACUCAGAGUUUUUCUCUGUUGCUGAAGGCAUUCAAGCUAACAGUCCUGAUGCUCUUCUUCUCUAUGUUUCAUUUCGUUUUGGUGUUGUUUCUGUUAAGCAAUUCUCAGAAUAAUGGUUUUAAGUAUUUUGUAUUUUGGUUGAUUUAUGAUCCUAAAUAAAAUUUCUUUUUGCUU